AUGCCACCCAAAGGUAAAGGUGGUGACAAAGACAAGUCGAAAGCCAAGGACGCGGGAGAGGCAAAGGGAGGCAAAACGAAGGGAGCACAGUCGAUCAAUGUUCGACAUGUUCUAUGCGAGAAGCAUGCAAAAAAGGAAGAAGCACUGGCAAAGCUCAAUGCCGGCUCCAAGUUCGAUGAAGUUGCUCGCGAGUUCUCCGAAGACAAGGCACGGCAAGGAGGCUCACUAGGCUGGAAGACGAAGGGCGCCCUUAUGCCGGAGUUUGAGGCUGUUGCAUUUGAGCUGGCUGCUUCAACGACCAACAGUCCGAAAUGGGGUGAGUGCAAGACGAGCGAAGGUUACCACAUCAUCAUGGUCGAAGGUCGCAGGUGA